CUCUCAUUCAAAACACAAAGAACAAUCCUAGACCAUUACCCUGUAUCAAGCAUUCUCAAAUCACUUGGCUCGAUCCCCUUCUCAUUCCCAUACCACCCAAAAUGAAUUCCAUCAGAUCCGCAGGCAACUGGAUUUCCAAUAAGACUAAAGGUCAUGCCCACCAGGCUUCCAAGGAGACAAACAAGCAAAUUGCCAAAGAUCCAAAUGUCCCCGUCGGCACUCGCAUUCGGGCCGCAGGCGACGCCGUCAAAGAUUCGAUUCAAGAGGGUAGCCACAAGCGUGCCGCCGAUGUGAACAAGAACGCCGCCAAGCACAAUUACUAGUUGAUGCGCAGGCGAUGGCGUCGCUGGCUCAAGCGUCAGCGGUGUAGACUUCAAGAAAGGCGAUUCAGAAGACCUUGAAGUCGUUGUCGAUAAGAUGUUGUCGCUCUUGUGUCAGGUCAGACUCCUUUGGAAGAUAUCCUUGUACCAUUAGUUGCUCUCGAGCUUGUUCCCUCUUAUAAUUAGCGACCAGCAUUCCCAUAUGAAACGCACCAAACUUUAGGGUGUGUGUAACACGAUUGAAUCAUAAAAAGCCUUUUAUUCUUGA